GGCAGGUGAAUUCAACUACUCUGACUUUACACAUCGUUCGAGAGCAAGGCUUUGUUGGAGAGAUUGCAGUUCAGCUGAGCACCUCACCUAACUUCGACCUCCCCCUCUCCAACCAGGCAACAGAGAAUGUGGAUUAUAUACUGGAAAAGAAGACAGUCAUUAUGGCAGAGAAUGCAACAACAGCUUCUGUUUUAGUCACUGUUUUGCCUGACAAGGUUCCAGAAUUAGAGGAAGGAUUUGUAAUCAAUAUUACUGAUGUGCAACUGGUCGAUUCUCCCACUGGAAGUCAGCCAAGUGUGAAGAGGCUUGGGUUAGAAAUAGCUGAAAUAACAAUUGAAGAAAAUGAUGAUGCCAGGGGGGUGUUCAGUUUCAAUGUUACAAAGGACAUAACUGGAGCUGUUGCUGGCUAUGAGGUCCCACCUCCACAGAAUGUACUGAAACUUCCAGUCGUUCGGCACGCCGGGAGGUUUGGGUCAGCCACUCUGUACUGGGAAGCCAUUCCCUCAACUACUAGCUUUGAGGACUUCACUCCAUCAUUUGGGAACCUUACAUUUACAGAUGGGCAGGCUACAGGAGAAAUAGAAAUUACAAUCAUAGAUGACAGUGAAGUUGAGUUCCUUGAGAUAUUCAAGAUUGCCCUGGUGAGGGUUACAGGUGGUGCAAGACUUGGGGAUGACACCCUGGUGACUGUCGCCAUUCCACCCAAUGAUUCCCCUGUUGGAGUAUUUGGGUUUGAAGAGAAGAAGGUGACAGUGAAGGAGCCUCAGACACCUGAUGACCCUGCUGCAGUUGUAUUGCUCACUGUCAGACGAAGCCAAGGAGGACAAGGAGCAGUUAAAGUGUUAUGGAUUCUGGAGGAAGCAGCCAGAUAUGAUCUGACCCCUCUGAAUGGUACCCUUCACUUCAACGAGACUGAAUCCCAGAAGUUGAUUGUUUUACAUGUGGUACAAGAUGGUCUUCUGGAGGGCAAUGAAACAUUUGCCAUUCAGCUAGUCUCUACUGGUGAUGCAGAGAUUUCCCCUGUAAAUGGUGUUGCAACCAUCAUUAUUAUGGGUGAUGAAGGAGCUUCUGGGGUGGUUGGGAUAGCCCCUUCAUCCAAGCAUGUUCUGAUUGGAGAACCUUCAGGGAAUUAUAAUGGAACUGCUCUGAUUAGCCUGAUACGUGGCCCAGGGAUUUUUGGUGACAUCAUAAUAAAUUGGAAUAUAACACCUCCUCAUCACACAGAGUUUAUUGAGACAUCAGGGACCCUGACAAUGCGAGAUAGACAGUCUGCAGCAGUUGUUCUGAUCCAGGCUGUAGAUGACGACUGUCCUGAGGAGAAGCAUUACUACCAAUUUCAGCUAACUGGAGUCAGUGAUGGAGGACUCAUAAAUGAGUCUAGCAGCACAGCAAAUAUUACCAUGGCUGCCAGUGAUCUUCCAUAUGGAGAGUUCACAUUUUCACGGGACCAGCUGCAAACAACAGAAGAGGAAAAAUGGGUUAACCUGACUGUUGUGCGUUCCAGGGGAUCCUAUGGCAAAGUGCAUCUUUGCUUUCAGAUCAUAAAUGGGACUGCAGAGGAGGGAGUUGAUUUCACUCCCACAGUAAUGGAAUUGUUGUUUGAACCACAUGAGGAAAGUAAAAUUAUUUUGGUUGAAAUUCAUGAUGAUGACUUUCCUGAAGGUCCUGAAGACUUUUCAGUGAUGAUUACUGAAGUGGAACUCCAAGGAAGUGGGUUUGACUUUACCAUAAAAGAAAAUGGCCUACAGAUGGACCAACCUCCAGUGAUAGGAAAUAUCUCCACAAUACGAGUCACUAUAGCAAAAAGUGACAAUGCAGAAGGCAUCAUAGAAUUUGACCCACAGUAUAUCCUUCUAGAGGUGGAAGAGGAUGCUGGAUUAAUCAUGAUUCCUGUUGUGAGAAAGCGUGGCACCUAUGGCUCAGUGACAGCUGAUUUCCUUACUCGAAGCAUUUCUGCACUUCCAGAUGGUGUUGACUUUGUCAUCCAUAAUAAUUCUGUCAUUUUUUAUCAUGGCCAGAACCAGACUUUUAUUUACAUAUCUAUUAUUGAUGAUGAAGAAAGUGAAUUUGCAGAGCAAUUUGAAAUCCAGCUGACAGGAGCCACUGGUGGAGCAGUCCUUGGGCUGCAGCUAGUGAGCCAGGUCACUAUUGCUAAAAGUGACUCCCCAAAGGGCAUCGUCCGGUUCCUCAACCAAAGUCGAGUUACUCUUCCCAAUCCUGACACAACCAUGACAGUCUCCCUGGUGCUGGAAAGGACUGGAAGGCUGUUAGGGGAGGCACAGAUUAAUUGGGACAUCUUGGGACCCAAUUCAGAACAGGUUUUAUCUACCCUAAAUAAUGACAUUGGUGAUCCAUUGAAUGGAACAUUCUAUUUUGGAGAAGGAGAAGGAGGUCUGAGAACUAUUCAUCUAGAAAUCUACCCUCAUGAAGAAGUUGAAGUUCAGGAGGUCUUCAUUAUUAGACUGAGGCUAAUGAAAGGUGAAACAGAAAUAGACCCUAAGGCAAAUAACGUUACACUAAUAAUACAGAAGUUUGGUGAUCCCAAUGGAAUUGUACAAUUUGCUCCUGAGUCAUUAACUGAGAAUAACUAUGCAGAACCCUCAGCAGCAGAGGGGCCACAGAGUAUCACACUGUUUGUCAGGCGAAUUCAAGGAGUUUUGGGAAACAUAACGGUUUACUGGGAAAUACAUAGUGAAUCUGACAUCACAGGUGACUUUCUUAACACAGAGGGAUCCGUUGUCAUUGCUGACCAGCAGAGCACAGCUGAGAUAAUUCUCUACCUGCUACCUGAUGACGUGCCAGAACUGGAUGAAAGCUAUUUUGUGGAACUGAUUUCAGUAGAAGGUGGAGCAGAUUUAGACCAAGAGAAAAGAAUUUCAAAGAUCAGUGUGCUGGCAAAUGAUGAUCCCCACGGGGUGUUUGCCCUGUACCCUGACCAGCAGUCAGUGUUGGUAGAGAGGAACCUGGAGAGGUGUGUCCAGAUUAAUGUAACUCGCCAUGCUGGGGCCUUUGGAGAAGUCACCAUUGAGUAUCUUAUCAUAUCUCCUGAUGAAGAAGUGCUAAUUGAACCUGAGAAUGAGGUGGGAUACCUCACAGUAAAAGAUGGUGCCAGCUUUGGAGUGAAAAGAGUGCCAAUAAGCAGCCAGGCAUUUAUUUCGCUGGGCUCAAAUUUAACUCUGGAACUGAUGAAUGUAAGCCUGGUUAAAGGAAGUGCCAAGGACAUGCCUAAAAUAUUAGGAAAAGCUAAAUCAGCUGUUCUGAUUAUUCCUGAGGAAGCUGCCAAUUCACAGGUUGGCUUUGAAUCUGUGAGUUUACGACUUACAGACAUUGUGGCAGGGACAGGCCAUGCUGUUGUAACCAGAAAAGGGGUUUAUGGCUCUGUCACAGUCAGCUGGAUUUCAGGAUACCCACCACACCUAAUCACUGACUUUGCUCAGCCAGGCAAUAUUACUCCUCCAUUUGGUACUGUUGUAUUUUCCUCUGGUGAGCAAAGUAAAGUAAUUUCAUUCCAAGCUACUCCAAGCCUAAAUAAACAUGAGUCAUUUGCCAUCACUUUAGCAGCAGUGCACAGCAACGUGUCUGGUGGGGCUCGCCUGAGAUCAGGAUUUCUGAUAGCUGAAAUUGAGCCAAUGGGGAUCUUCCAGUUUGCCCUUAACUCAAGAUCUGUUUCAGUUGAAGAAGAUGUUCAAGCAGUCACACUACAAGUCCAAAGACUGUUUGGUUUUCAAAGUAAUCUCACUAAAUUGACAUAUCAGACCAUUCCAGGAAGUGCCAAACCACUAGAGGACUUUAUUCCCAUCUACAAUGGAGAGAUUAUGUUUUUAGGUUUUCAGACAAACGCUGUGAUUGAAAUAUCAAUAAUUGAUGACAACGUGUCUGAAAUGGAGGAAUUUUUUUUUGUAAAUUUGACUGCUGUGGAAAUUUUGGAUGUUCAACGUGUGACUCCUCCUUGGAGUCCACGUUUGAACCCAGCUUUCAGUGUUGCAACAGUUAAUAUCCUGGCUAACGAUAUUCUUCAUGGAAUACUAAGUUUGGGGCCAGGGUUUAUUUAUGUUGAAGAGGAUACAAACAACAGCACCCCCAACACAGCUGUACUUCAUAUCAGAAGGACCAAGGGUUUUACUGGGGAUAUUGAAGUAACUGUUAAAACCUUUGGGGGUGUGAGUGCACAGACUGGAACCGAUUCAUAUCCUUUUGGAAAGACUGAUGGAAAAGCAAACUUCACAUGGGCAAUGGAAGGAGAAGAUUUUGAGGAACAGUCAGUCUCUCUGACCUUGCUGGAUGGAGAAAGAGAAAGCAAGGUGUCCAUAAAAAUUUUUGAUGAUGAUGAACCUGAAGGACAGGAGGUGUUUUAUGUUUUCCUCUCAGACCCUGAAUGUGGAGCACAAAUUGUGGAAGGAAAGGAUGAAUAUGGAUUUGCUGCUUUUGCAACAGUAAUUAUUGCAGGAAGUGAUCUCCAGAAUGGCAUUUUGGGAUUCCUUCCAGAAGUACAAACUGGUCUUGUACUUGAUGAAGACUCAGAAAACAGAGAGGUGCUGCUGAUUGUCACCAGGCAACCAAACAGGGCCUUUGAAGAUGUGAAGAUCUUUUGGCGUGUGACCUUUAAUAAAACAGCUGUUGUCCUCCUGAAGGACAGUGUGAACUUGGAAAAUGAACUUGUGUCUGUGCUGGGAGCCACAACCUGCAAGGCAGGCCAAACGAUGUGCAACAUCUCUAUUGAAAUAAAACCUGAUGAUGUGCCUGAAUUUGAGACACAUUUCUUCGUUGAGCUGUAUGCUGUAACCACAGGAGCUGCUCUGAACAGCAGUGCCAGGUUUGCUUUUGUGACAGUCCUUGAAAGUGAUGCUCCUCAUGGUUUAGUGUAUUUUGCUGUGGGAUCUCGUUUUGCUGUGGCUCAUAAGAAGACAACUUUAAUCAGCCUGCAAGUGCUUAGAGAUUCUAGUACAUCAGUAACCACAAUGGUUAGAUACAGCAUGCAGGAGCUACAAAAACCUGAACCUAUUGGUCGGACCUUUGUAUCUCCAGCUGUAGCAGGACAAGAUUUUGUCAGAGCUGAAGGUUUAUUGACUUUUGAACCUGGACAAAGAAAUACGUUUCUGGAUGUGACCCUGACUCCAAAGACAGGAUCUUUAAACCCAUUUCCUAAACGUUUCCAGGUUGUACUUUCUAACCCCACAGGUGGUGCCAGAGUAGAUGACAUGUAUGGCAUUGCUAAUGUCACCAUUGUCUCAGAUUUGGACUCCUUGCCAUUUUGGGGGCUGAUUGAUCAACUGCAUCAGCCUCUUGAUGACACCAUUUUACACAGAGUCCUCCAGAAUCUCAAUGUCAAAGUGGCUACAGAAACUACAGAAGAGCAGCUUACUGCUGUGGUGCAUAUGAUACAUAAGGUUACAGAUGUAGGUGAAAAACAAUUACUCUCUGACAGAAGUAGAAGUCUUUUCUAUGAGAUACUCUGUUCUCUGGCUAGCCCAAAACGUGAGGACACACGAGGAUACAGCCUGCUUGCUGAGGUGACUGAGAGGUUUGCUUUUUCCCUGUUGCAUGGGAUAAUGUGUGGAUCACCAGGAGAAAGAGGUAAAAAUAUCCUCGACAGCUGCCCAUACAUUGCAAUAAUGGCUCACAACUGGUUUCCUCAGCAAAUCAAUGGACACAGCUUUGAUGGAAAAGAUGGAGAUUCUAUUCAAGUACCUGAACAUUUACUAGAAGUCUCUCUUGUAUUAUCACCUCCUCAGGAAGAGAGCUGUGAAUCUGUACAGUUCACAGAAUACAGCAGUCAGCAGUGGUUCCUCACUGGAGAUAAAGAGCUUGCCCUGAAGAAUAAGGUUUUUUCCAUGAGUUUGAAGGGUCGGAGUUCACUCCCUUUGAAAGAUAACAAUGAAGUAAUUUAUAGAAUUUAUGCUAAAGGAAGUCGAAUUGUUCCACAAAAGUCUCUAUGUCUUCUCUGGAAUCAAGCUGCUGAAAGCUGGCUGUCUGAUAGUGGCUUCUGCAAAGUGGUUGAUGACACGUCAGACUAUGUGGAAUGCUCUUGUUCUCAUAUGUCCAUUUAUGCAGUUUAUGCCCAAACAGACAACUUGUCUUCAUACAACGAGGCUUUUUUCUCUUCUGGAUUCAUCUGCAUUUCAG